CCGUGGGGUUAACCAACGGCUUUCUCUACUAUUAUUAUAGCGGAGGCGAAGAGCGUGUCAAAUGCUUAAACCCCAAACACCUCGCGCUCGCCGCGCCGCGCAUCCCAAUUCCCACAUGGCGUCCUCCUCCUCCUCCUCCUCCCUCUGCCGACUACUCAUCCCCAGGCCGACCACCCGCCGCUUCUCCGGAGGAGGAGGGGAGGGGGGAAUGGCGGCGGCGGCGCCGGUGAAGCGGGAGGUGAAGCCCGAGGCGGGGGAGGGGUGGGGCGGGGGUGAUCUGGGGGUGGUGCCGCCGCCGCCGCGGCCGAUGGAGGGGCUCGGGGAGGCGGGGCCGGCGCCGUUCGUGGCGAAGACGUACGAGAUGGUGGCGGACGCGGCCACCGACGCGGUGGUGUCGUGGGGGCCCGGCGGCUCGGGGGCCUCCUUCGUGGUGUGGGACCCGCACGCGCUCGCCGCCGGCGUGCUCCCGCGCUUCUUCAAGCACGCCAACUUCUCCUCCUUCGUUCGCCAGCUCAACACCUACGGGUUCCGAAAGGUCACUCCAGAUCGGUGGGAGUUUGCAAAUGAAGCCUUCUUAGCUGGUCAGAAGCAUUUGCUGAAAAACAUCAAGAGGAGGCGUGUUUCCAAGCCUCUCGUGGAUUCACAACUAAGAAAUAAAGCAAGUGUUGUUUUUGGACAGCCUGAGGCUCCUGGUGAGGUUGUGAGCUUGAAGAGAGACCGUGCAGCCCUCAGAGCUGAGGUCAUCAUGCUUAAGCAGCAGUACAACGCCUGUAAAUCUCAGCUCAUUGCCAUGGAGGAGAUGGUCCGCAACAUCGAGAGAAGGCAACAGCAGACCAUCGGCUUCUUUGCCAAGGUACUCACCAACCCGGCUUUCGUGCAGCAGGUUCUACUCAACUAUGUGAAUAAGAAUGGCCUAAGAGGCGCCGCGAAAAGACAACGGCUGAUGGAAAACGAAGAACAGCAUGCUGAUUCGCCAUUGAACAAAGGUAUGGAAGCUGCAUCUGUGAUGGAAGCUGAUGUUUCUCCAGGGAGCACUGGCUGUGGCACAGUUGGGAAAGUGGAGACCACUCCAAUGUGCAAUUUCCAGAAUAUUGAGAAUAUGUGUGAUGAUGUCUGGGAAGAGCUGGACGCCUUACCUGAAACUGGAAUGGAGCAGGAAGAAAAGGCUGGGAUUGGCUCCUUCGAUGUCGAGGAGUUCGUCGGAAGGCCUUGUGGUUGGGUUGAUGACUGCCCAUACCUUGUGGAGCCGAUGCAGUUCGUGGAACACUAGAGGCAUGAGAAGAAUACAAUCUGUCCUUAGAAUAGUGGAACGUGUUUAUAACGUCUGAAUAUCUGUAUAUCAAUUACCCACUUCGAUAGAAGUCUGUACUAUGAAUAGCAUAAGCUCCUGGAACAGAGCUUAAAUAUAGGAAACGAACACUCUCAGGUAAUGCAAGCCAGGAGUUUGUAGGAUUGAAGAUUUGUUACUGUAAAUUCUGCUGGGCGCAGCAAAAAAAUCGUGAUGUUAGAUAUACAAUACUGUCUCUGCAAUGUAGCCGAGGAAAAAUACGAAUGCCAGUCUUAUCAAUGUGAAUACUUUAUACUGUUAAGUUAUUAGAACAGGUGACAAUAUGAUGGAUCUGCGAAUUACAGAGAUAA